AUGGUUAUCAGUAGGCAAGAGAAUAGGAAAACAACGGUAGCUGCCGUUUUGGAACAUAUUAAAGAAUUAGAUGAGAAAUUUGAUGAAAAUCAAUAUGAUGAUACUUGUCGAACGCUACUCAAGGAUAUUUCAGAAGGAAUUGUUCAAUUAGAAUUAGAAUGUCAAACUAUUCAAGAAAAUGGCGAAGCUAAAUCGAUUGAAGCCAGUAGUCUUCGACAUCGCUUUCAAAUAUUUCCAGAACAGAUUGAAAAUGAAUUAAAUAGCGCAGUUGAAUCAGCUCGAAAUUCCAAUAUUGAAGAAUUAACAUCAUUACAAACAAGCUUAAACAAAAUUCAAGCAGUUAUUAAAGAUUUUAAGGAUCGCCAUCUUAAAGUAGAAAAGGAAAAUUCAGCUAUUGAACCAGAAAAAAAUGAAGUCAUGGAGAAACAUGAAGAUAUAGUUGGUCAACUAAAUGAAAGGAUGGCACUUAAAGCAAGUAAGCAAAUAAAGCUCAACAAUACUCGAGAAAGACUGAGAGAUUCUUUGCAAGAGAUAAUUGAUAUUGAAGAUGAAAUUGCUCAAAUGAAAGAAGACAUGAUACAAGAGCGAGCUGAUGCAAAGCAAGAGAAAUUAAGAUUAAAGCAAGCCAUAUUGAGAUUUAUUUAUACGGUCCUGGAUAUCACAGUACAUGACAAAUAUAUCGAAGCCAAAAUAUACUUUUAA